AUGCCUAAGAAUGUGCAAGACACCGUUUCCCAGGUUAAAUGUCCAAACCUGGAAACCGCCAACUGCCAAGGGGGCCACGGUGGGCGAGGGGCUGGGCGCCGGCGUGGAGCGCAGCCACUGGCGGUUCCUGGGUCUCUCUCCUCGGUUGCUGGGGCUGGACACCAGGAGGCGCGCGGGCUUGCGGGCAGGGGCUGCAGGGCUGAGGAGCUGACCCGCGCCUACCAGGGCUGGGCGGAGGCGGGGCCGGGCUUCAGGACAGAGGCCAAUCGCUGCCCUCCGGGCCCCCAGCGCCGGCUUUGGGCAGAGGCAGCCAGGGCGCCGGAAAAGGCCUGGAAAUCCACGCGGCUUCCCAAAGACGGCGCCUCUGUUCUGCGGGUUCGUGACGAGGAUUUAUUUCCACCCACUGCGCCUGGGCGCAGGUCUGCGGGUCCGCGCCCACUGCGUGCGGCGCCACGGACCAUGUCGGGGUCUCACUCUGUCACCCAGGCUGGAGUAGAGUGGUACAAUCACAGCUCACUGCAGCCUCAAACUCCCAGGCUCAAGUAUCCUCCUACCUCAGCCUCCCGAGUAGCUGUAACUACAGUGACUGAUCAGGCUUUUGUCACACUGGCCACCGAUGACAUCUACUGCCAGGGCGCCCUGGUCCUGGGGCAGUCACUGAGGAGACACAGGCUGACGAGGAAGCUGGUGGUGUUGAUCACUCCUCAGGUGUCCAGCCUGCUCAGACAGGGUCUCGCUCGUCGCCCAGGCUUGAGUGCAGUGAUACCAUCUCGGCUCACUGCAACCUCUCCCUCACUGGCCCAAGUGAUCUUCCCUCCUCAGCCUUCUAAGCAGCUGGAACCACAAGGACAUGGAUGAAGCUGGAAACCAUGAAUCUGAGCAAACUAUCGCAGGGAUAGAAAACCAAACACCGCAUGUUCUCACUCAUAGGUGGGAAUUGAACAAUGAGAACACUUGGACACAGGGUGGGGAACAUCACACACUGGGGCCAGUCGUGGGGCGGGGAGAGGGGGGAGGGAUAGCUUUAGGAGAUAUACCUAAUGUAAAUGACGAGUAAAUGGGUGCAGCACACCAACAUGGUACAUGUAUAUAUAUGUAACAAACCUGCACAUUGUGCACAUGUACCCUAGAACUUAAAGUAUAAUAAAAAAAUUUAUAAAUAAAAAUGUUUAGGCAGUUAAAAAAUGUUUCAUUGAUCUGGAAAUGUUAUGAGAUUAUUCAUUUUACCAAAAAGACACCUGGACUAGUGUGUUCACUGCAGUACUAUUCACAAUAGCAAAGACAAGGAAUCAACCCAGUUGCCCAUCAGCAUUGGACUGGAUAAAGAAAAUGUGGUGUAUCUAUACCAAGGAAUACUUCACAGCUAUAAAAAGGAAUGAAGUAAUGCAACAUGGAUGCAGCUGGAGAGCUGGAGGCCACUAUGUUAAGUGAGAUAAUAAAGAAAGAGAAAACCAAAUACAGCAUGUUCUCAUAAGUUGGAGCUAACCAGUGGGUACACAUGGACAUGAAGAUGGGGAUGUCAGACACUGGGCACUCCUAGAAGGCGGAGGGAAGGAAGACAGCUGGGGUUGAAAAACCACCUGUUGGGUGUUGAAAGGAAAAUAAAUUCGGGGGCCCCCAAAUCACUAAAGGAAAAGUCCAUCUGGGAACUGCUUAGGGCUUCUGCCUCCCAUUCUAUUCAAAGUCCCCCCUCUGCUCACCAAGAUAGAUGAAUAUCUGAUUGCCUCAUUUGGAAAGGCUCAUCAGGAACUCAAAAGAAUGCAGCCAUUUUUCUCUUAUGUAUCUGUGACUCGGAAGCCCCCCUCCCCACUUCGAGUCUCCCCGCCUUUGCUUUUUUUCUUUUUUUGUCCUGCCUUUCCAGACUGAACCAGUGUUCAACUUGUAUAGGUUGAUUGACGUCUCAUGUCUCCCUAGAAUAUAUAAAACCAAACUGUGCUCUGGCCACCUUGGGCACAUGUCGCCAGGACCUCCCGAGGCCGUGUCGCGGGUGUGUGUCCUCAACCUUGGCAAAAGAAACUUUCUAAACUAACUGAGACUUGUCUCAGAUUUUCAGGGUUCACAGGUACAGUGCUGAGUACGUGGGUGGGGGGUUCAUGCAUACCCUGUACCUCACUACCAUGGAAUAUACCCUAGUGACAAACCGGCACGUGUACCCCUUAGACCUAACAUAAAAGUUGAAAUUACUUAAAAAUAAAUAAAUAAAUAUUAUGAGAUUAU